UGUUAGAGCUGGAAUACAUAUUAUCCUCCGCUCCCACCGAGCCCAGUCAAUUGCUGCAUGUGAGCCAGCCACUAAGCCAAGCGAUAUGCAGGUGGUAGAGCAAUACGAAGAUUACCCUACUCAAUGGCGAUCAGCACUCGGCACAAUCAUUCCGCUGUCUGUUAGGCCAAUGUAGGGCGCGGACUGCCGGCUGCCACAAGCGGCUGCUAGUUACAGUAGCAUUUGACAGGAGUCAAGCACACAAUUCCCGAAUACCGCUCGCACUAUAGGCGCCAUUUCCGAAAA